CUGCCGCGUAAUAUGUCCGUUCGCAUGCCUGGCUUCCGCGGCACCGGCGGCUUCCUCCAAGGCAACUCUCUCGGUAUCGAUCGACAUGGCACGAAUGUGCGACGCCAUUAUAUCGACCAGUCUGGGCCUCAUAUCGUCAAAAGCAGAAGCGGCUCGAAUCUCAACCUGAAUACUCGCUCCAGUGAGGAGAUGCUCCGACGUCUCUCGGAACGUAAACGUCGUCGAACUUUUACCUUGCCUUUCUCUGGUGGAGCUAAGGUCGAGUAUGUUGGGCUUGAGGUACUUGGUGCCCGUAUGCGUGAGAGGAGGCAACGAAGACACGACCGUGCGCUGGAGAAGAGACGGGAAAAGUUGAGAGGUCAGAUUGGCACACGGGUGUACCAUGCUGGUGGAAGAUGUGGCGUUGGGCUUGUGAAUACACGGUAGAGGGCUUAUGCGACCACUGCGAGAGCGCAGGAAACACCGAGCUCCUCCGAUCCAGCAUUAUGACCUUUUGGUGAGUGCCAUUUGGAGCAGCGAUGGCAUUGGUGUUCAUGCUUGGAUUGUCCGCAAUGUGCUGCGUUUCCUGGGUGUUAAGACGCGAUGAAGAGUUGGAGACGCAAUUCAUACCGCGUGCACCUGUGGAUGCGGGUGGCGGCGGAAGAAUUGCAUACAUGAACGCCCAAGAUCAUGUUUACAGCGAGCGUUUCGAUUCGAUUUUACGAUGAUACCGAUUACGACUGAAAUGUCUUGUUUUACGAUAUGAAUGGCAUAUGACGAACCGAGGAAUGGUAUACAGCGAGCAAUUUCAUGAUGAUGACGAUG